AUGUUAAAAUUUAUUCGUAAUAAAGUUCAAGAAAAAAAACUUCAAGAACUUGAAAAAAGUUUCAAUGGAAAAGUUCCUGAAGAUAUCGCUACGAAUCCAGACGUUGUCAAUCUCAUUUUAAAAUAUCUAAAAGAUAAAGAAAACGACGAAAUGCCGGCACUCAUAUUUAUCUGGAAUAACGCGGGAUUCAAUGAUACAAUGGUACCAAAUUGUCGUAAUGGUGUCACGGGGCAGACACAAGCAACUAUAAUCGCAAAUCUAGUCACAAAUGGAGCGAUAAAUUAUAUGAAUAUGAAUACAUUAUUUAUUUUUCAGAAAGGUGAAGCAAUCGGUAAUUGGGCCAAAAACGGCAAAACAACAAGCCGGGGUUCCCGAUAUUUGUCAUCAACUCAUAAGAAUAGAAUUGCAAUGAGACAUAAGAUCAACCGUUUUGAUUCUGGAACUUAUUAUGCUGAGGGUGACACUUCUUCUGAUUCCGAUACCAAUCUUGAUACUAAUACUGAACCCGAACCUAAAUCUCAGCCUAAGAAUUAUAAUCCUUUCGAUGCCCAAAUCGCAGAAAUAGAUUCGAUGUUAGCAGAAAUGUGA